CGUUGCGCACGGCUGUCGAAGCAAAAUAGCAACACAGACGGACGAGUGCGAUUGUCAGCCUACCGAAGUAGUCGUCACUUAUCAACAACGGGAUUCGAAGCAGAAAAAUUGUGAGCAGCAGAAAUAGCAACAGCAACAUGAUACCAACAAUAACGAGAAACUAUCAGAAUGUGGUCAUUAGCACGGGCAACAUCAUCAACAACGAGCUGGGACAGCGCAAAUCCAACGAGGAGCUAUACGACGGCCUGAAAAUCACGCUGCACAAUGACCCAAAGUCGGAGAGCGUGGUGGUUGAGAUCGACAAGCUGCAUGGCCGCGUGCUCUGUGCCACACAGGAGCUGAACAGCAAACUGACAGAGAACGGACGCAAUGAGAUUAGCAUCGGUGCAAAGAUAUUCCUCAACAAAAACUCCACGGAGUGCAUCAAUCAGGCAGUCGAGGCACUACUCAACAUACUCAAUGUGACGCAUGUGGACAAUGUGGUGCUGGCCUACCAUCCCAAUGUGUCAGCCGUUGCCAGCGCAACAACUGUGGCCACAACAGCAACAUCUGCGUCGGUAAAGAGCCCCUGCUCCGAGGGCAACGACAGCAGCGUCAACGAUGCAGCCAACAGCUGGAGUGCACGCAACGGCGCCCAGGGCAUAGCCGAACUGAAGCUACUCUACAAGGCCCUCGAGCAGUAUGCGGACAAGCAACAAAUCAAACAGUUGGGUAUUGCCGAUCUCGAUGCACCCGCACUGGCAGAGCUAUACCAAUCGGCCAAAGUUGCGCCCACCAUAGCACAGGUGAGUCUGGCCGCUUGCUGCGUGGUGCCCGCCGAACUCCAGGAAUUCUGUCGCGAUCAUGAGCUGGUGCUCAACACACACAGUGAUCCCGAGCUGCUGCUGCCCGAGGAGCAGUUCUCUGGCCUAGCACCCGGCUACUCGAUUGAUUGGUCUCUGCGCUACCAGGUGCAUGUGCGCUGUCGCGGCGUACUCACGGCCAAGGGCUACAUUGUGGGCGCCUCUCAGCCGGGCGCCAAUAAUUGAGUUUAGCGGCAUAGUUCAAAGCUAAGCUGAAUUUUUAAUAUAGUAUAUAUAUAUGUGUAUGUAUAUGUAUGUAUACAUGUAGUACUGUACUUAUUGUUUGUUAUACAAAACCCAAGAUCGAGAUGAGAACAGAAAAGUGAGAGCCAUUCGACUGAGUGCGCGCUUCAAACGAUUUGAUUGUGAACAGUUUUGCUGAUUUUUUUUCUCUUUGAAUAUAAACAGUUACUGAAACCACUAA